AUGACCGAUCAGUCUCCCAAAACCAUCCACACAACUUGCUUCGUAGAGAGUAACUACUACGUACACAUCGAUCUUUGCUCGUGUGUUUGAUUAUUUGUACAGCACGAGAUGAAGAGUCGUGGCCAUGGAUUGCCUUGCGGGAUGCUUUUGCUCAUGGUCAUGAUGUUUGUGCCGACAAUGGACGCUGCAGUUUCGUCGUCUCUCAGAAUGGGCUUCUAUAGACGAUCUUGCCCAGCCGCCGAAUCCAUUGUCACAAGAACUGUGAGAAGGGCGGUGUCUCAAAAUCCUGGCAUCGGUGCCGGGCUCAUUAGGCUGCACUUCCACGACUGCUUCGUUCGGGGUUGUGAUGGUUCGGUGCUGCUGAAAUCCCUCCCCGGCGGCCCCAAAGCGGAGAGAGACCACCCGGCCAACAAUCCCGGGUUGAGAGGGUUCAACGUCAUCUCCAAAGCCAAAAGAAGAAUCGAGCGCAUCUGCCCCAACACAGUCUCGUGCGCCGACAUCCUCGCUUUCGCCGCCAGGGACAGCUCCCAGAUACUCGGACGCAUCAACUACCCUGUCCCCGCUGGCCGCCGCGACGGCAUCGUCUCCAGCUUCAACGAGGUCACCCCAAACCUCCCUUCCCCGAGACUCACGGCCGACCAGCUGAUUCAAAACUUCGCCAGGAAAGGGUUGUCGGCGGACGAGAUGGUCACGCUCUCCGGUGCGCAUUCCAUCGGCAGGUCCCGCUGCUCGUCGUUCUCUGACCGGCUCUACAACUUCAACGGAACGCGUGCUCAAGACCCGACCCUCGACCGGAACUACGCGGCCACUCUGAAGGCCACGUGUCCAGCGAACGGCGGCAGUGAUCCGACGGUGGCGAUGGACCCGGCGACGCCCAAUCGGCUGGACAAUACUUACUACGCGGAGCUGAGAGCGGGGCGGGGAUUGCUGACGACGGACCAGACGUUGGCGGAGAGUCCGGCGACGAGAGGGUACGUGGAUGUGAACGCCAGGUACGGUGUGGCGUGGGCUGGCAAGUUCGGUAGGGCGAUGGUGAGGAUGGGUUCCAUUGAUGUUCUUACUGGGAAUCAGGGCGAGAUUAGGAGGCGGUGCAGCAUGGUCAACUGACGGACACCGGAGCUAGGUAGCUAGCUUAGCUAGUUAGUCACUUUUGUUUGUUUAUUUCUCAUUGUUCAGCUAAUUCAGUACUAUACUUCGUAAUGUAAUUGUCAAUAUUCUUUAUCCAGAAUUAAUGUUUGAUUGAUGAGUAGCUUUUAAUUUAUCAUUCUUCUUGGCAUGGUAUUGUGUUAAUUGUUCAUUUUUAGCAUUUGAAGCAUCAAACCGUACGUACAAGUAAUUUUUCCCCGCGAGUGAAUCAUUUUACGUUUAGAAAAUAGGGUUAAUAAAUUUCGUUAAAAAUA